AAUACUGUACUGGUCUGUCACCAGGGGGCAUGCAUACAAUAAUACACUUCAGGAAACAUCAUUCGUUCAACAUUUGUUUUUUAAAAGACUGCAAUUCAAAUGCAACCUGGAUCCGUAAGAAUACGAUUUGUUGCCGUUACAUUUGGUUCAUGCCAGCAAAACAGUGUUGAACCGGCGUGCUUUUCUGAGAGAUUUCUAAUUGCAAUUUUGUUGCAGCCGGGAUUUUGCGGACUCUGUCGCUCCAGCGUUGUUGUGAAUUGAUCUAACAUGGCGACUGUACCAGUUUAUUGCAUCUGUAGAUUACCUUACGACGUAUCCCGCUUUAUGAUCGAAUGCGAUGCCUGUAAGGACUGGUUUCACGGCAGCUGUGUUGGCGUGGAUGAAGAGGAAGCGCCAGAUAUUGACAUCUAUCACUGUCCGAACUGCGAGCAAUCCCAUGGCAAGUCCACUUUGAAAAAGAAAAAGAAUUGGCACAAAAAUGACACGGGGCAAAGUAGAGAGGUGAAGAAGCCUGUUCUGAACGGCAGUCAGAUGUUUAUAAUGGAACUCAGAAAUAGGACAUUCCCAAGUUCUGAAGAUGUGGUGGUAAAGCUGAAUGGAAGCCAGCUCACACUGGACUAUAUUGAAGAGAAGGGCUUCACAGAACCCAUCCUGGUCCCAAAGAAAGAUGGACUUGGAAUGUCAUUACCUGCCCCCACGUUCUAUGUCAGUGACGUAGAAAACUAUGUCGGUCCAGACAGAGUUGUGGACGUCAUUGACAUGUCCAGACAGACAGAGUGCAAGAUGAAGCUCAAGGAGUUUGUUGACUAUUACUACAGCACAAACAGAAAACGAGUGUUGAACUUGAUAAGCUUGGAGUUUUCUGACACAAGAAUGUCCAGUUUUGUGGAGAGCCCUGAGAUCGUCAGAAAGCUGUCCUGGGUGGAGAAUUACUGGCCUGACAAUGCUCUCCUUGGAAAACCCAAAGUCACCCAAUACUGCCUGAUCUGUGUGAAGGACAGCUACACAGACUUCCACAUAGAAUCAGGGGGAGCCUCGGCGUGGUACCAUCCACUCAAAGGAGAUAAAAUAUUCUUUUUGAUCAAACCGACUUCUGCAAACCUGUCCCUUUACGAGCACUGGCGUUCCUCGUCCAAUUACAGUGAGAUGUUUUUUGCUGACCAAGUAGACAAGUGUUACAAGUGCACUCUGAAACAAGGACAGACUUUAUUUAUUCCUUCAGGUUGGAUUUAUGCAACGCUGACCCCAGUGGACUGCCUGGCUUUUUCUGGGCAUUUUCUUCAUAACCUGAGUGUUGAAAUGCAGAUGAGAGCAUAUGAAGUGGAAAAAAGAGUGAAAAUUGGCAGUCUUACCCAGUUUCCCAACUUUGAAACUGCGUGCUGGUACGUGGGCAGGCAUCUGCUGGAGAGAUUCAAAGGCUUGCACAAAGCAGGGAAGCAGCCGCUGCCUCACUUGGUUCAAGGAGCCAAAAUCCUUAAUGGGGCUUUCAGGUCGUGGACUAAGAAACAGGCUCUUCUUGAACAUGAAGAUGAACUUCCAGAAAACAUGAAGCCAUCACAGCUUAUCAAAGACCUUGCCAAAGAAAUCAGAAUUGCAGAGAAUGCAUGUAAAGCCAUGAAGGUGGAGCUGAGUGCCAGCAUACCCGUGGAGGAGCCUCCUGCAGUGGAACUGGAGGAGCUGGAGGGGCCCGGGCAGCCUGUGUCCCCCAUGUCCCCUGUAUCCCCCGUGCACAUCCCCUCUCCACCCCAAGAGAAGUCCUCCCGCAAGAAGGCUCCCAAAACUCCCAAGACGCCUAAAAACCCCAAGACGCCCAAGACGCCCAAGACGCCCAAGACGCCAAAAACUCCCAAAACGAAAGAAGGGGGCAAGAAAAAAGGGAAGAAAACAAAAGAAAGCUCUGCUUCCCCCCCCAUGCCCACCCUGGAUGUCCUGGAAGCGCACACACAAGAGGCUCUGACGAAAACAGAAAUGCCAAAGAAAGGGAAGGCUGCAAAGAAUGUGUUGAGCAUGCCAGAGAAAGAGGCCAUCAGCAAGCAGAACGAGCUGGAGAAGUUUGAGAUCAGAGAGCAGAACAAGAGCAAAAUGGAAGCUAAAUGGAAAUAUAAGAACAGUAAACCCGAUUCACUGCUUAAAAUGGAGGAAGAACAGAAAUUGGAAAAGACACCAUUGUCAGGAAACAAAGACAACAAGUUUGCAUUUUCUUUUUCAAACAAAAAAUUAAGUUCUAAAGGGCUAAAACCACAGACGAAUUCAAGUUUAUUUGGAUCAUUACAAAACCUGAAGGAAGAUAAAGUGAAGCCAGUCAGGGAUGAGUAUGAAUACAUCUCAGACGAAGGAGAACUGAAAAUUGACGAGUUCCCAAUAAGAAGAAAAAAUAACACUGCAAAAAGAGACAUUUCUUUUUUAUCGAAUAUAAAAGAGCCGAUUCAGCAGGCAAAAAAACCAAAGCUUCAACGUACACCCGCCAAGACUAAUGAUUCCUCAGAUGAAGGGUCGCUUCACAUUGACACAGAAACAAAGACGGAAGUCAAAGGUCGAAAUUCAAAGGUCAAGAAGGAAAGUGGUAAUGCUGCGGGAAUACUGGAUCUCUUACAGGCCAGCAAGCAAGUUGGAGAAAUUGAUUACAAUGCAAACAGUCCGCCACCUGCUUCUCCCAGCACACAGGAAGCCAUCCAGGGGAUGCUGUCAAUGGCCAACCUCCAGUCUUCAGACUCCUGUCUACAAACAUCUUGGUCCAACAACCAAUCAAAAAACAACUCCCACACUACGCAGUCCUCCAAGAAGACAGGCAACGGCAACAACAAGAGGCCCGCCAAGCGCCCGGUGAAGAAAAGCGCGAAGAGCAGCAGUGUGGACAGCGUGGAGAUGUUUGAGGACGAACAGGACCACCUGCAUGCGUGUUUCAAAGAUUCGGAUUACGUAUAUCCAUCUCUCGAGUCUGAUGAAGAUAAUCCCAUUUUCAAAUCCAGAUCAAAGAAAAGGAAAAGUUCAGAUGAUACGCCUUACAGCCCAACAGCCAGAGUAGGUCCAUCAGUCCCCCGACAAGACAGACCUGUCCGUGAAGGAGCUCGAGUGGCUUCGAUAGAAACCGGACUAGCGGCUGCAGCAGCCAAACUCUCCCACCAGGAACAACAAAAAACCAAGAAGAAGAAAAAUACCAAAAAGAAGCUCUCGUCGGACGAUGCAAAUAAAAUCCCUCAGGAAAGCAGUUCACCGGAGCCCAAGCUGGAGUCCCACGGGAGCAGUCUAGAGGAUCACGAAUACACGGCUGGGGCCUCCAAGACCCCCGGCGCUCCACAACCCAUGGCUCCCGGAGUGUUCCUCACACAGAGGAGGCCGUCCACUUCAUCUCAGAACAGUGCAUCAGCCAAAGCCAAACGGCUUAAGAAAGGCAUGGCUACUGCCAAACAGAGACUGGGGAAGAUUUUGAAGAUUCAUCGUAAUGGGAAACUUCUCCUGUAACAUCGACAGUGCAAGACUUGGACUGUGUCGCUGCUCAGGUGGUGAAAUGACCUGAACCUGACCCUACUGCUGUUCACUGGUUUUAAGGACUACAGCAGCAAACUGAACCAUAUGGGGAAUAAAACAGGUUACGUUUUUUCAGUUUAUAAAAAGAAUAUAGCUCAAAUAUAGGUUUUUGCCUCUACUUAUACUUUAUAAAUUUCAGAUAACUGCUAUAAAUAUUUUUAAAACAAAAUGUGUGUCUCAAUUUACUUCAACUGUUAGUUUACCAAGGGAUGCUGAAGAACAUUGUAGAUCAUUCCAAAUUUCUAGAAAGUAUCCCCAGCAUUUAUUUACUUAGAUGCAUAUUUCUUGAGGAAAAUAAAUUAAUAAAUGUGUAGCGUUUUUAAUUUUGAGCAUUUUAAACCAGCUGAGCUGUAUGUGACUUGUCAAACAGCUGGCAAAUACAAACCCAGUUAUCAAAACUAUCAGAGCUCUUUUGCACUGUACUUGAUGUCAAAAUUGUCGAAAAAAGGCAACUGUUAUGGUUAAUACUGAAGCCCCUUUCACACUGGCAUGCUCUACCCAGGUCAGGACCUGGUGUCAUGCGCGUCGGGCAUGCGAUUGCACACUCCUUUUGAUAAAGCAGGGUUGACCCGGGUGACAGAUGCAAGUACACUAUGCGCGUAUCAAUGACCUGGAAGCAGCUUGUUACUGACGCUUCCAUCCAAGCCUCUCUGAAUUGAAACAUCGGCCGAAACGUUGAUUAGAGCAAAUGUUUCUUUAUCCCUGCUGCAAUCUGGCCAAACAGAAUAAACAGAAACAGAAGUGAACCCUUCACGCAGGCGUGGCUGUUUGUCAUUGCGUCGGCUCACGAACGGCAGUCAUGCAUUUUGUUUCGCUCAGCCCAGGUCAAAGCGCGUUGACCCACAUCCCGAGAUGGGUCACUGGGACCCGGGUUUAACUUGGGUACGACCCAGGUACGUGGUUUCACACUACAUGGGAUUGUGACCGGGUAAGACUGCCAGUGUGAAAAGGGCUUUAGACACCAGGCCUAGCUUCAUCAGAUUGCAAAGCAACAGAAACAAUGUACAGUGUACCUUCUGGUGCAUUUCAUGAAGGCCUGCGGGGGGCGCGAGUUCAGUCUCUGAACUGAAGUAUAGUGUUAUGCUUUUUUAUUUUCUCUUAGUGCAAUCUAUAAAAAAAGAUAAUGUAAAUGUCGUUGAAAUUAUAUAUUAGCAACAUUUUUAUUUUGUAAUAUAUUACCACAGUUGUUUUGUAAAACAAAAUCUGUAUUCAAAUCCUUGCUGAAACAUAAAAUGAUUUCUUUAUAUAUAUAUAUUGAGUGUACAAAACAUUAGGAACAUAUUUCAUGGAAAGAGCAGGUGUACCUAAUGUUCUGUACACUCAGUGUGUAUGUAUGUGUGUGUAUAUAUAUAUAAUCUUGCAUAUAACAUUUUCCUCCCAAUUCCCUUAACUCAAUAACAAAUCAUGUAGCCACAAUUAGAUCUGAUUUCAGCUUCAGACAUUUCAUUGGUAUUGACAUUGAAAUACAUGCAAAAACAAAUAAAUACAAAACUAGGAUGGUAACAGCAACCUAUAGUACUGAACCGGUAAUUUAAGAGCUAAAUAUUUAUCGAAGGGUAGAUUCUGUGUUGUUACUGUUGCUAAAGGCACUGAUUUAAACCAGGCCUGACCUGUCAAAUAGUUAUUUGACCCAGAAUGACAAAUAGGACUCCCUAUACUGGGUACUGUGAUUUCCAUGCGUUGCUGUAUUAUAUCAGUUUCCUUGCAAAGGGACUGUCUAACACAUUUUUAUCUCAGUAUUAUCAACAUGUGGCAAACUAACUCAAUCAGAAUUUGUAAGUAACUUGCUUACAUAACAUAACACAUAACUUACUGGUGCUGACAUCAAUAUGAAUUUAUAGGAACCCUUUUUCUACAAAAACACUAAGUGAUUUGAUUGGGACAAAGCGUCCUCUUGACAAGCCUCCCCUUCUCUUCCUUUCAUCUUUAAUUAAUGGGGUACUUUCUAAUCUAACCUUGUUUCUCAGGCAAUACCCUAAAGUACUUUAGCUAUAGCACAUGCAUUUUACUGCAUUACAGUGUAUAGAAUGUAGCUUGUAAAUAGCUUUUUAAAUUACUACCUUUUGUAACAGAGUGACUUUUCUUUAUUAAAUAACACUUUGUUAUACAUUUUUACAAGUUUUUUUCUUUAAUUUUAUUUCUUAGCUACAUUUAGGUGCUUUUUUUUCUUUUUUUUUAGACAGAGAGGUGUUGCCUGAAAAACAAAUUGCAAAACUUUGUAUGGCCUAAUGUAUUGUAAAGAUUCACGUGCAACAAAGAGACAUCUGGAAAAAACAAAAAAGACAUGCUUACGUCUUGACCAGCUUCUUGUUCUGUAGUCCUUGUAUGUAACCUGAUGGGAUUGAAGUUAUUUUACUAGCACCUUGUGAAGUGUGUUCUGUGUCUCUGAUGAUGUAAUUUAUUAAUGUUUGUAGCUUUUUAUAUUUGUACAUUUCUUAAGAGCUUUUUGUUUUUAAACAUUUUAUCAGCUUGUGAAAGUCUACUUCUAGGAAUCUGUGUACAAUACAAAAAAAAAAAUACUACUGAGGCCUUAUUAACUAAUAUUCAGGCACUUAGUGGUUGAUUUUAGGACCCCAUUAUUCCGUUAUGUGUUUUUUUUUUUUUAAAUUGAAGGCUUUGUCAAUUAGUGUAAUAGGGCCCCAGUUUAACAGGUUUUCAAAGCUCUGUUGAGAAAUUAUUAUUAUUAUUAUUAUUAUUAUUAUUUAUUAUUAUUAUUUUAUUUUUUAUUAAGAAGCUAUAUGGUAUAACUCUGCCAUCAUGCCUUUUUAUUUUAUUUUGGAAAUCUACAUUUCUAACAAGGUUUACUGUGGUUAUCUGUUGCAGUUUUAGUUUUAGUUACCAAUGGAAAUCUUGUAUCAACUCCUCAGAACUUAAAUACACUCGGAUCAAACCUUAACAAGUUAACUUUUUCAGGAUUUUGUACAAAAUGUGUGUUGCUUUGUUGUGUUUUAUUUUUUCUAUGUUCAACCCAUUAAAUCGACCAGCUGCACUAGCACUGUGUAAAUCCAACUCUGCUCUCUGGCUGUUGAAAAUCAUUGUAAAGUGACAGUUCCGAGGAGUUCGGAGACUCCACCUCAUUCCAUUUUAUUUUCUGUAAAGAGAGACCAUGUACAGCUCAACUAUGCAAGUCAGUUCCAUAUGCAGCCCAGCUUUGCAGGUAACACUGCAAUGUAAGAGGGAGAAUUCUCAUUGGCUAACAAGUGUUCCAAACGGUGCAACUAUACCACGUCUUGGAAUAUGGCUAGGAACAACCAUGACAACUCGUUCACAUGACAACCGAUUCACUUGGGCAGGUGUGGGGAGUUCUGUUUUACAAGUGCUAAAACACACUCUACAGUGUUGCAAUAUGAUCCAGUAUCCGCACACCUGGACAGUUUAGUGUCAUGCAGUUUUCAAACCUGAAUAAGAACUCAAAUAUUCCCAGGUUCCUAGUUUGAAAAAUUCCAUCUGAUUAGAAAUGAACACCCCUCAACACAGAUGUUCGUAGCAAUUUGUUAACUUAUAAAGUAAAAUGACACCAGUGAGGGUUCUCUGUUAAUCAAAAGAAGGUCAAUGAGGCGUGUAUACAAAGCAAGACAAUGUCAAUUCUUCUGUAGAGGACAUUUGAUUUUGUGUAUGUUUCAACACCAUCAGUCUACAGAGAAACAUGGUAGCUUCUUAUUAAAGUAGUGAGUUAUCAGUUUAUCAGUUCCUGUUCUUCUUCAUGAAGUAUUUCUCCUUGAAUAGUGAACUUCUUAGUUACAGCAAGGUCAAGGUCCGGGGCAACAUUUUCACACUGACAUACCCAUACCACACA